AUGAGGAUGAUGAAUGGACUCUCACACAAGGGGACGCUGAAGGAGACGGGACUGUUUAGCCUGGAGAAGGCCCAUGGGGAUGUUAUCCUAGCUCUACCUGGAGAUUAUUUGGAAGAGGAGAAGGAAGACGACGACGAUGAUGAAAAAAACACUAAUGUUGAACAAAGACUUGAAUCCAGAUUUGGACCCCAUUACUUUACCACUCUCACACAGAGCCAGAGUGAAGAACCACCUUUGGAUGUGUCAGACAGCGCUGACAGGCUUCAAAGGAACACAGCUCAAGAAACCAGCCAAGAAGAUUUUAAAGUAAAUGUAAUGCUUGCUGUAUCAUGUACAACUCUUGUCUGCUCCCUAACAUUUUUUAUAUGCUGUUGUGUGGCUUUUGUCAAGUACAGAAUGGCAGAAAGCUCCCUAGGCAUCUGGCUCCUGGCCUCUGCUGGAGACAGAGCACUGGGACAGAUGGACCCACGAAAUGAACUCACUCCGACAUUUGUUCUCAGCAGUGAGCUGCGGGCCAUGCAGCUCGUUCCAGAUGAGGCAGAUCUGGUCAUCACAGCCCAGAGAGCCCAGGAAGUCUCUCAGCAGGCGGCCGCCGUCGGCGGGAGAAUGAUGCGCCCCAGCAGCUGCUUCGGCGCGUCCCCCUGCCCCCUCGACGGCUCCGCGGGUGGCGGCUGCCAGCGGCCUCGCUGCCAGUACCGGCACGAAGCGUCGCGCCAUGGGGAGCCGCCCUCAGCCGGGCCGAGGCCUGCCCCCUACCAUUCCCAGGGUCUCUCUCUCUCUUCUGUAAUGAAUGAAAAUGAAAAUGCUAAGCAGCAGUGUCAGCCAAUAGAAGUAUCUCCAUGUGAAAAUCAGGAUGGAAAUUCAAAGAUGUCUCCAUUUAGGAGUAGAAAUGUAUUCACAAAGAGGCCAAGAAACUCUUCCCCAGUGAAACUUGAAAUAAAACUGCAAGAAUCUGAUGAUGAAUGUGAUCUUAUCAUUGAUGUUCCACCACUAGUUGUUAAUAAAAAGCCAAGAAUAAGUAGGAAAUGUACAAAUGGGAAGAGGGACAAAGAACUGGCUUCUGUAAUGCAUGCAGAAUUACAUGAUAGUGCGAUAGUAGACAUUCUUGGACGUGCAGGAGAAGAAUCAGAGAGAAUGAUGAUUUUGCAGAAAAGUGGCAAAGGUUUAAAUAACUAUGAAAAACUGGACAUGGUUUCUCCAAAAGCAAAUGAGAUGUAUUUGCCUGAUGUAAAUACUGAUAUAUUGAAGGUUUUGGUGGAAAGAGAUGCCCUUGCUUAUACUGAGGACAAACGUGUAUCUUCAGCUGCUUUUUUUGAGGCAGACAUACAGAAGGGAAUUUUGCAGCAAGGGAAUGCAGAAACCAAUGUAUUAGUCAAACCAUUUGUUCAGGAGCGUACUACUAAUGAAGACUGUCUGAGCAGUGGAAGAGUAACACAGUCUGUCUUGUGUACUGGUCGGUCCUCAAAAGAUGAAACCAUAAUUGAAAGACCUUAUGAGGAAAUAAUAGUAAAUACGGAGAAAAGGCAGAGCAUACAAGAAAAUGGGGGUAAUGAUAGCCCAAAAGAUACAUACCCAUAUCCAGCUUCUUAUUUAAACAAGAAAGGAAGUGAAAAAACUCUGCUGAGCUCAUCUGUUGAGGAAGUGGAACCCAGUGAGGAAGAGACAGAGCUCUCUGAAUCAGAUGAUCCUUUAGAGGAGUGUCGGAGAAUUUUUGAUGAGUUUGAAAGAGAAAUACAAAAGAAGAACAGUGAUAAGCAGGCCCAUAGAGGAAAUGCAGAUCUCAAUUUAUUAGAAACCAAAGUAAAUCUUACUGGACAAAAAAGAAGAAUUGCACACAGAGCAAAAUUUGAUGGUCAUGAUGCAGGAAUUCAGCAGGCAAUGGAGUUUGGAGCUGCAGUUAAAAGAGGACAAGAUUUUAUUGCUACAACUCCUGAGCAGAAGAAAAUUACGUCUGGAUUGUCGGCUACUCAAUUUCAAAGCAUUGGACCAAUGGCCUCUUUAAAUUUGGUUGAAGUUCACCCCAUUAAAAUCAGCAGUGGUCAACUGCAUAUACUGCUGGGAGGAAACGUUGCAACAGCAAUGCCCUGUGGACUUUCUGUUAGCUCAUUCAAAAGGACUGCUCUUGUGCCAUGCAAGGUUUCUACUCAGAGAAGGCCUUCCAUUCCUGAAUCAGGAUCCAAAGUACCAUUUGAGACAAGACAGCGAUAUAUUGGGCUUUUUUUGGCAGAAUGCUUCAAAAUGUGUGGCACAGUGAAUGAAGCUAUUGACAAGGCCCUGAUAGAAGAGCAAUCUGUUUAUGAUCGUUGUGGCAGUAAAAAAAUGUACCUGAAUUUUGCUGUGAAGACUCUCAAAAAGCUGAGAGAUCACGGGCAACUUAGUAACAGCAGAUCUUCCAGUGGCACUGGAUCCAUAAAGUCAGAGGAAGAGAAAGCUUUCAAAAGAAUGUGCUGUAGAUGUGGUGAAGUAUAUGCUAUUACUUCUUCAGGAGAACAUAGACGUAAAGAAGAAUGCAACUACCAUUCCGGUAGAGUAUUGGAACAAAAAGGCAGGUAUCCUUGA